AUGACGAGCAAUGUGGAAAAGGAGAAUAAAAAAGCCAAAAUUCAUGGAUUGAUCGAUUUGGUAUUUUCUUGGUCUCCAAAUGAUGUGAUGAACAAGUAUCUUUACAGGAAUCAGGUUGAGAGAAUUCCUGAGACAUUCUCCUCACCACGGAACUACUUCAAGUCAUUUAUCUAUCCACUUAUUGAAGAAACACAUGCUGAUCUACAUUCGAAAUUUACAUCUGUGUAUCAUGCACCUGUGAGGGAAAUAUUUUAUGUGGAAGAAAGAAGAGAUUUCAGGCCUCCAAAGAAUUUGUUUUAUACCAUGUGGUUGAAAAGAUUCAAGUCAGACAGUGAGCAAGACGGUCAUGAAAUAUAUGAACCUGAGGUUGGAGAUUUAAUUGCUUUGACAGAUGUAAAACCCGAAUGUAUUGACGACUUGGACAGGCCUAAAAGACGUUAUACUAUUGCUAUAGUUCAAGGCAUGGAGGAUGACGAUUUUACUGAAGAACCAAGCGAAUUUAUUCCUAUUCCAAUACUAUCUUCGAAUCCUCUAACGUUUGACAAGGAAGAGGGCCAAGAGGACAAACUUUUCGCUGUUCAUCUUACAAACUUGACGACGAACAUGCGCAUAUGGAAUGCAUUGCAUCCGGAAUUGUCUGGGGAAAAUAUGAAGAUCUUUAAUUCAUUGCUGAGAAUCAAUCCAGCUGAAGAAGUAAAUUGUACGCUUUGUUUUGAUGAGCAAACUAGGAAUAUUCAUGAAUCAAGAUUAAGGGAAGUCAUUGGCACUUUUGGAAUGGAUGAUUCACAAGAAGCUGCUAUUUUAAGUUGCAUUAUUACAAAAGAAUGUCAUCAUCGAAAUAACGUAGAGCUUAUAUGGGGUCCCCCGGGAACAGGAAAAACAAAAACAGUUGCAUCACUAUUAUUUGCCUUGUUAAAAAUGAAAUGCAGAACAUUGACUUGUGCUCCAACUAAUAUUGCUGUCUUAGGAGUUACAAGAAAAUUCCUUAGUUUGCUGAGUGGUACAUUGUUAUAUGACACGUAUGGACUGGGAGAUGUAGUUUUAUUUGGUAACGAGAAACGAAUGAAUGCUGAUGACAAUGAAGAUCUUUAUGAUGUAUUUCUAGAUUACCGUAUUUCUGUACUUCUUAAGUGUUUUGCACCUUUGACUGGGUGGAGAGGUCGUAUAAAAUCAAUGACAGACUUGCUUGAAGAUCCUGAAGAACUGUAUCAACAAUACUUGUCAAGAGAAAUUAAAGAGCAGGAAAAAGCUGAUGGUGAUGAUUGUGAUACUGUGAAUAAGAAUGAAAAGGAACGGUUUAGUAGAGGGAAACCAAGUGGUAGUCAAGAGAUGGAGACGGAGACGGAGACAGAGACAGACACAGAGAUGGACAAUGGAAACUUCAAAGAAAUAUUAAGGAAGAAAUAUAUGAAGAAAAUUGUCCAUACCUUGCGAAUGAACAAGAAGAGAAAAUUGAAGCAACGAGAGCCUUUCCGAAAAAGAAGUCAAUUGAAGUGUGAUCGAAGAAAAAAUAAGAAUGAGAAAAACAGAGAGAAAGCAAGCAAAAAAGGUGAUAUUCCAUGGACAUUUGAGGAAUAUAUGAAAAAGAAAUUUAAUUCAGUAGGUAGACAGCUAAUUCUUCAUACGACAAGCUUGUACACUCAUUUGCCUAGUUCUUUUCUUAAUCUGGAAGUGGUAAAGAACAUGGUUAGAGCUCUUGACAUGAUCAAAGCUAUGAGAACUUUGAUCCAUAAUGUUUAUGUUGCAAAUGAAGAUUUACGGGGAGUCCUAAAAGGAACAGGAGAAACAGGAAAACACUUCAACCCCUUAUGUAAGAUCAGAUUAGAGUGCCUUGAAGUACUGAAAUUCCUUAGGGACAAAUUCUCUCUCCCUCAAUUCAUUGACAAAAAAGAAGUUACCGAAAUAGAUAUUAGAAAUUUGUGUCUUCAACAUGCUUGCUUGAUAUUUUGUACUGCUUCGAGUUCAGCGAAGAUGAAAUGCUUAGGAUCAUCACCACUGGAAUUAUUGAUCAUUGAUGAAGCUGCGCAGUUAAAAGAAUGUGAAUCUGCAAUUCCCUUACAACUCCCUGGUCUUCGCCACGCUAUACUUGUUGGAGAUGAGAAACAACUUCCAGCUAUGGUUCAAAGCAAGAUAUGUGAGAAAGCUGAUUUUGGGAGGAGUUUAUUUGAAAGGCUUGUGAUAUUAGGACACAGCAGACACCUUCUUGAUGUUCAGUAUAGAAUGCAUCCCUCAAUAAGCUUAUUCCCGAAUACGGAGUUCUAUGGCAAACAGAUUAGGGACGGUCCAAAUGUCAGGGAACAAGCCUAUGUAAGGCGCUUCCUUAAAGGAGACAUUUUUGGCUCUUACUCGUUCAUUGACGUGACCAGUGGGAAAGAGCAAUUUGAUGACAGGCAUAGUCUGAAAAAUAUGGUUGAGGUCUAUAUUAUUGCUGAGAUUGUAUCCAACCUUUAUAAAGAAUCCGUUACCUCGAAGCAUAAGGUCCGUGUCGGUUGCUUAUCACCAUACAAAGCACAAGUUUUUGCAAUUCAGCAGGUACUGGGAAAGAAAUAUAGUAAUGAUGCAGACAAAGAUUUUUCAGUAAAUGUUCGCUCUGUUGACGGUUUUCAAGGUGGUGAAGAAGACGUAAUAAUAUUCUCUACUGUUAGAUCCAACGGGAAGGGAUCAGUUGGUUUUCUUUCUAAUCGCCAAAGAGCAAAUGUGGCUCUGACUCGAGCAAGGUACUGUCUUUGGAUAUUGGGCAAUAGCGCAACGUUACUAAAUAGUGGCUCCAUUUGGGAAAAAAUAGUUCUAGAUUCCAUGAGUCGGGAUUCUUUCUUUGACGCUUUUGAUGACAAAAAUAUGGCUCAAGCAAUUACUAGUGCCUUGGUUAAGCACAACCAGUUUAGUUUGCUAUUUAACUCGAACUCCUUAGCCUUCAAAAAUGCAAGGUGGAAGGUUUGUUUCUGUGACGAAUUUUUGAAAUCCAUGUCUAAGAUUCAAGACAUAAAUGUCCGUAAAGAAGUCCUUUCUCUUCUUGAGAAGCUUUCAAGUGGCUGGUGUCAGCCGCUUAAACAUAACCUUGUCAGCAAACUUGACGGUGCUUCUUCUGAAUUUUUGGAAAUAUACGAUGUCAAUUCGUUAUUGAAAUUGAUUUGGACGAUAGAGAUUGUCCAUGAAGAUGCAAACAAGAUUCAAGCGAUCAAAAUUUUGGACAUUUUGCCACAUUUUAAGAUAUCUACAUUGGCCAAGAAACACAAUGCAGUCUUUGGGAACUUUACAGUUAAUUAUAUGAACCGUUGCUUGCACAAGCGCAUUGAAGGGGAAAUGAUACUUCCCAUGUCAUGGCCGGUGAAUACAAAUAUUAAAAAUGCUCGUUCUGUCAACGAUCCAACGGAUAAGUUAGUAACUCAACUGGCAGCAGUGAGUUUGCGAGAUAGACCAGGAACGUCAAGGAAAAGUUACAAGGAACGGCGUCAAGUCCGCAAAGGGUGGCAGAUGAUAGGGUGGGAUUGA